AUGGCGAAGCGCCCGCGCCCGCGCGCCGUCGAGGACGACACCGCGCGCAGGCGGAAGCGCCCCGCGUUUCCGCCGGAGGAGGACGACUGGAAGAAGUUUCUCACCCCCGUCGUUGGGGAGUAUCGACCGAGGUGCAGUAUGGCGCGGCUGAGACGCGCCGCGUUGCCCGCGCUGCUGGAGACCCCGGCCGCGCGGAAGAAGACGCUUAACAUGGAGCGCAAGGCCAUGAUUGCGGCCAAUGCUACCGGCGUCUUCCGCAUGCCCAGCAAAGACCGACAUGACGACCCGCUCAGGGUUGCCGCUAUGCGAUUUGGUUGCGCUGCGCCGUGGAGCAAGCUCAUGCAGACCGCCAUGCCCCUCGUCACGCCCCGGGCGCAGAAGAAGCGCGGGUAUUUGGCUCCGCAGGAGAGGAGCUUUAUGACCGCUGGGGGGAUGCAGAUCACGGGCCUGCCGCCGGGCAAGGGGAGUGCCAAGCAGAAGCAAGAGGCACAACUGGAGAAGCAGAUAGGGGCUGUGAAGCAGGCUGUCCCGACCUUGGUCGGGUCGUUGAUGUAUUUGAGAGGGAUGGGGGGAAAGGAGCUUGCCAGCUCGAGUUUGCAUCAGAUGGAUGUGCCGCAGGCGCCCGUGGCGAAGACAUCCUCCGUCUUUCAUGGGCAAAAGUAUUUCGCGGAGACGGGAGCGUUUGAAAUGGAUACCAGGACAUCGGCCUCAAUUAAGUUGCCACUAGCGACUGCGACGCCUUUUAUGCCCUCAGCCAAGCCGGGAGCGAGCGCGAAUGCGUCGAGUGUGAGUGCGGCUGUGGACGCACGUCAAAGGAAGUUUCCGCCUAAAACGCAAGCUCCUGCAGCUGUGCCGCCGCCGGCACCUGCGGCGCCUGUUAAUCAUCAGCCUGUGACGAAGAAGCAGCGCAUCUCGAAAGCUCAACGGGGGCCAGGCACUGCUUCUGCUGCCCGUAUGGCGAAUGGACAGACGCAGGUAAGACCGGUUCAGACGCCGAGGAAGUCGACAAGCUCAAGGUCAUCUGCUGGGACCACUGGAACGAACGUUAAGGCCGCAAAUACUGCGGAUUCUCAUCAACUCCCGACUGUUGGGAGAACCCCCGCUCAGAUCACUGCGAGCAAAGCUGCGAGCGCCGCAAUGUCAGCUGCUUCAGCAGCGGCAUCAUCACAGUAUCUGACACAGGAACAGCUGGCGAUGCAAGCAAAGGGCGCUUUCCGGCCCAUGCACGCACCGACUAGCGUAUCGCCCUCAGUCAGAGUCGGCACUGUGCAAUCGCUUCCUACCGUGGCAGGUGCGCCUGCAGGUAUGCACGUCAAUAUGAAGGGAGGUGCCAGGGCGGGUAAGGCACGGGCACAUGCAUCUCCGAGUCAGAGCAAUGCUGCGAUGAUCAUGCGAGCAGUUGCCGCGAAGAAGACGAAGACUCCAUCUCCAAGUCAGGCUUCUUCUCGCAGCGGGGAGCGCCUGCCUAUGCAUCGCGGAAGUCCUAUGACGACGGGAGCAUACCAUGACCCUAUGCUUCUUGCCACUUCGCAACAGAAUGCGACAACCUCGGCUAUGAACAGGAUAAACCAAGCCAGGGGAGUAUCUCCGAAAUCGCAAAUGGAUUUCCAUCAGGCUGCAGCUCAAGUUAAUGCGCAUGCAGCAGGUCGAGAAAUAGUUUCAUCAGGAAUGUCUCGCAGUGGGGUGUUGCACACCUCACCAAUGGGACAACUCGCAGAUAAGCUCGCCACCCAACUACCGCAACAGACUUUGAGAGGGAUGACUCCUCAAGGCAGAGCGAAGCACGCCAGGAUGGCAGCCGUCGCUGCGCAAAAGAACAGGCAACCACAAGCACAUGGACAACUGCGGAAAGAUGACGUGAUUCAGAAUCCGCAUGAUUUAGAGGCGCAAUUACGAAGAGCAGAUGUGCUGCCCGCUGAUAUGGUUCCGGGAAAAGCAGGAAAACUGAACGACCCCUCCAUGUUUGGGAAGGGUCCAAACCGAAACAACCUCAUGAUGAAUCAGGCUGGACACGCAUCUCAAGGGUUCUACAGCAAUGCCCUUGGGGCGCAAUCUGCUCAACUUGGUCAUAAUACACCCAUCAACCAGCGAAACCUGAUGAUGCUGCGCAUGGCACACGCGAAUCGUAAUCCUCCAAUAGCAGCAGGGGCCGGAGCUCCCGGUGCUCCAAACAUAUUACAGAACAUGCAAGACUUGCACCGCCCUAUGCAAAACCUCGGCGUUGUUCCUGGAAUGCAACCGUCAGCUCAUGGUGCAAAUAUGUUUAACUUUUUGCAAGUCAAUGGGCUGAGUGGUGGGAUGCCACAAGCAGGUGGAAUGAACAAUCCAGUAGUCCCUGGAAUGGCAGGAAAAGGAAUGCCGACCGGACCAAAUGCAGGGAUGAUGAAUCCACAUGACGCGAUUUUCCAGCAAAUGCUUACCGCCACUCGUGGUCCGGGAAUGAACUCGAGCGCCCCUCUACAUGCAGGGCCGAUGACGAACCCGACAGCUCCCCUAAAUGUUCACGGGCACCAGGUUGUGACGACAGGACCUAUGAGGCAGAUACCGGCGCAUCUAGGAGUGCAGCAGUCGUCAGAUCCCGCCGCCAUUCAUGAGAUUGAUAGAGCCCUCAGAUUAAGUUUCGAUGAGAGCGAUCUGAUGGGUUGA